UUAAUUCUAGAUUAUGAUUUGUUCCUGAGCAUCGAGGGUCAUGAUUGUUUAAAAAGGCUCGUCGGUUCUAAUUGGAUAUUCCCUGUGUUAACGUAUGAUUUCUCGUUUACACCUGAGCAAGAAAGGAAUGUUCUUCUUGACCUUUACACAUCUACAAAUGGCCAACAAUGGUAUGAAAGUGGAGGAUGGAACAGCUCAAAUUCCCACUGCUCUUGGUAUGGUAUCACCUGUUACAACAAUUCAUAUGUAAGAACCAUUGUGCUGGCUUACAACAACCUGGAUGGUGUUCUUCCUUCCAAUCUGUGGAGGAUACGCAACUUGUUGUCGCUUUGCACGCCUGGUAACCCAAGACUUCGAGGACGCAUUGGAGACUUUUUAUUUGGAAAUAUGAGCAAUCUGCUGUCGAUUGUUUUCAAUGCAGCCUCUAUAUCUGGAGAAAUCCCGAAGGACAUCGUGCAACUAAAAAAAUUGAACAAUUUUCUAGGCUGUAUAAUGGACGGGGAAGGCUUUGCUGGCAACUUACCAGAAGACAUUGGGAAUAUGACGGAGUUGAGAGUGCUAUGUCUCGGAGGGAACAAAUUAACUGGUCGAAUACCUAGCAGCAUAUCCAGAUUACAAAGACUUUGGUAUCUUGACCUCCGAAACACUCCUGGUCUCAUGUGGGGUGAUCUGAAUGACCUCUUUGCAAUCCCCGCCUUAACCCAACUUUUUGCAUCAGGUAUUCGGCUAACAGGACACUUACCAAAUACCCUGCCACCUAACCUGACCUACCUAGUUUUACCGGGGAACAACAUUUCGGGUCAUUUUUUUCAAAGCAUUCCGAAAACACAUCACGUUGAAAUUCUUAAUGUUGCCAACAAUCAGCUCACAGGAGACAUUCCUGGUGAGUUACUCAGUUAUCCGCCCUCCAUGAUUGAUUUGUCACAGAACGAGUUUUCCUCGAUAAACAACGGGAGACCAUGGUCUACCAAACCAGACAGGCGUGUAAAAUCCUUCAUUUCGCUUGCAGGAAAUAGGAAUUUAGCAAUUAAUAUUUCAAGCUUUUUGGAGCUCUUCUCGAGAAAACCCGACUUUCAUCCUAGUCCAUCGGUUCUAAAUCUCAGUUUUUGUGAUAUUGAGGGUCCCUUACCCGCAAACGUGCUUUACUUUGAGGAUAUGUCCACGUGCGAUUUACGAGGUAACAAGUUUUACGGAGCCAUACCAGCUUUCUUUGAAGACUUUUCAUAUUUAACAUAUUUUGACAUCUCAUCAAAUAACCUGUCAGGAAGCCUUCCAGCAGGAAUUCAGAAUUUAAUCUCCCUCCAGUACUUGGAUAUUUCUGGAAAUCCAUCCAUGCGUGAAGGAAACAGCGUAUCGACCAAUGCCUUUCGUCCAGACUUUUUAAGGAUGGUCAGACCACCUGAAGGCGACAACUUUUCAUGUCCCGAAGGACACCUAACGUUCAACAAUGGUCGCAUUCGUUUGGAUCCUGUAUUUUACGAGUACAGAUAUUGCAUUUGUGAUCCACAUUUUUAUGGAAGCCUUGGAUUAUGCAAAUCAUGUAUGGAUGGUGGAACGUGUGACCAAGUUACUGUGACGGUCCAAGAAGACGUUGGUCCAAACAUCAUGAAGAUAGCUCCUGGCUAUUGGCCAUCUCCUGAUCCCAAAAAUGUUACUCAUCUCGUCAAGUGUCCAGUACCUGCUUCUUGCAAUCCACUAGCUUCCUGUACCUGCCGCCUCGACACAUCACAUAACGACGACUCUCGCUCCUCCAAUAACAAGCGUUCGGUGUCGACUCUGAUUACAAAAUGCAAUGAAUCCUGUAUCUGCCAUUCAGGAAACACUGACAGGUUCUGUUCUCGUUGUGAAGAAGGAUUUUAUAAAAUUGGCGGAUUGUGCUAUCCAUGUGUGAAAGGAGAACUUACCUACUACUACGUGUUCAUCCCUAUCUUUGCCAUUUCUUUUCUCGUUCUGCUUUGGUCAUUUCUUUAUUUCAACUUGCGUCCUAUCAAAUGGUUUUUUGUUACAGCAGUACAUUUCCUCUUAAUGUUGAUCUUCAUGCUUUUGGAAUUUUUACCUACUUGGGUUUUCAAAUUAAACUUGGUGGUUUUUGUUGUGUGCAUGACUAGUCGAGGAAAAGGUACAAAGUCUCUCAUCAGCAUUGCAGUGUUUUAUAUGCAAACCAUGGAUUUUAUGGUAUCGAGCUCCAAUGUCUGGCCUCCAAAGAUCGUUGCAGCUCAGAAGUACUUGAGCAGCUACUGGAAUUUGUAUUUCCCUUCACUUUCGUGUGAUUUUCCUUCCCUUUUCAAUCCUGUUGGCAAGUUUACUUUUAUUCUUCUUCUUCCAAUUGGUUGCUUGGCACUCGUGGGUGUCUACUUUAUAGUUAUGCUAAGCUACAAUAAGGUUCGUCCCCAAGAACGACGAAUGGAAAAUGUUCACUUUAAAUGCCGUCAAAGUGCCUUUUUCUGUUUGAGUUUCACUUACUUUCCAGUUGUAAAGCAAACUCUCUCCAUCUUACGCCCAUGCCAAAAUGACCGUGAUGUUCUUUACAUGCCAAAUUCCCCUUGGAUAGAAUGCACAUCUGUUACUUACAGAACACUUACAGCUCUUGGUUUUGUCUCCGUUGUGUUCUACGUGAUUGGGUUUCCUUUGCUUCUCUCCUCCCUCAUGUUCUUCUUCUUUCGAAAAAGAAAUAGCAUGAGUCCUGAAGAUCGUGAGAAACUUGACACAUGGCUUGGUCCUGCAUAUUUGCCUUACAAACCAAGGUAUCAGUGGUGCCUUGAGAUCGUCAUGCUUCUCCGUCGCGUUUUGCUUGCCAGUGCGUUGUCUAUGAUUUCGUCAUCUUCUACUUUACAAACCUUUGUUGUCUGGGUAAUUCUCGUUUGCUUUGCUGUUAUUCAUCUGUGUUUGCAUCCCUAUGAUGAUUCCAGUUAUAAGUUUGCUUCUGAAAACUUUUUCGAGCCUCUUGUUUUGUUGGUACUGUCCAUGUCUUUCAUCCUGUUGAAGUUCUCGGCUGUGGAAAACUUAAUGACGUAUUCAGCAGCGUAUGUUUGGGUUGUAAUGAUUGUCAAUUCCUGGACACUACUCUUUCUUGUAGGCAUAAUCUUUUACCGUCUGGCUACUUGUGGGAAUGAAGACAAAGAUGGAAAUUUCUCUGGGCACCGUCAUGUGAGUGCAAGAAAUGGUAGAAGCAGUGAUGAUGAAGAAAGAAGUAAUUUGUUGUCCGUUAACAGUGCACGGAAGAGAUACGUUGAAGUCGCUAACAUUUCUUAG